UUGGUGUUUCCCGCUCCUCCCCAACAGGUGGUUUCCUGCUCCAGCAGCGACUCAGAGCCAGAAGGGACCCCCAGGAAGCCCUUUCGCAAGCGCCGCCGCCUUUUCACUGAUAUCCCCGCCGUCCCGGUCUAUUCGAACAAGGUUCAGAACAGCCUACAAUUGUUGCAAAAUUCUCUGAAGCUUCCUGUUCAAGUUGAAGAGCUUUGUUGUAAGUCCCAGGUCCUUAGCUCAUCAGAAGAGGAGGAAGAGAAAGAGACAGCUCCUGUAAAGCAAGUGAAGCAAAAAGCAAGAUGUCAAGAUCUUUCACCUUCACCUCCCCCUCCCCCACAGCAAACGAAGCAUCAUGACAAAGCCCACAGAAUUUUUGAUCAGAGUCUCAGAAAUCUGAUCACCUCCCUCUCAGCUGCUAAGAAGAGUUUGCAGGAUCAAGGGUCAGGAUGCGACGAGGAUGAUGUGAUUGUGGUUGACACAUUUGAGCCCCAGGAGCUGAUGCUGAAAGUCCGAUGUCGAGCUGAUCUUUACAGAGUCUGUGUUCGAAUGACGGACCCUCUUCGGCGAGUGGUUGAUCACAUGGCACAGAUACUGAAGGUUCAUCCGAACAGAAUCCUCCUCCUGCAUCAAGAUUGUGAGCUUGCAGCUGAUGCUACUCCUGCUAAGUUGGGCCUUGGCAUUGCUGAUAUCAUUGAUUGUAUAGUGGAGACCAGCAGCAGAUGGGCUGAUGGCUCUGGAAACCUGCGGCUCCGAGUACAAGGAAAAGACAAAAGCUCUACGAUGGAGAUUACUGUCCAGAAGGGGGAGCCCUUAGAAGCCCUUAUGAAUCACUACAGACAAGCUCAAGGUCUUGGCAGACACAAACUUGUCUUCCAUUUUGAUGGGCAGCGUUUGGCAGAAACUCUGACCCCCGAACAAUUGGGGAUGGAGUCCGGUGAUGUUAUUGAAGUUUGGAGCUAGCAUCCUUGCAUCCCUUCAAGGAAUCCAUGUCUGGACUUUUUUUUUUUUUUGCUACCCACCUACUCUGAGAGACUUAUCUGAUCCUGCUUUCCCUGAUUUAACGUUCACUGUGCCUGAAGUCUGGAACCAGGUGGGAAGCGGCAGCCUAACCUGCGAUGGAAAUAAACAUGGGACGCUUUCCGUUUUAUUUUUUUUCUCCUGCAU